AUGAAGAUGUGCUAUGAGAAACUGAUGGGUUGCUCUAGUACAGUACAAUUCACAACAAGACUGGAUUUGCACACAAAAACUACCGCAUUUGAAUCGCAGUCUGGGAAUGGUAGGAAGCGUGUGCAGGUAUGUUUGUGGGAAGUUGAUUAACCACAUCUCAACCAUAGCAAUUCAGUCUGAGAGUAUUUGAUCCCAUGUACUAGGGUUGAUUGGUCUUCCUUUUUCUGUUACAGGUGCCAACAAGUGUAACAAUGUUAACUCCUGAGAUUGACAGAGAAUUUACAACACAUAACCGCAAGCCUACUUAUAGGUAACAAUUGAUCACUGAAACGUCCACUACUUUAUCAUGGCCUUAUCCUAUGGUCAUGUUUACCACUAAUCCAGAGGAGGUUGGUGGGAGGAGCUAUAGGAGGACAGGCUCAUUGUAAUGGCUGGAAUGAAUAAAUGGAACGGUAUGAAACACAUCAAACAUAUGGAAAUCACACGUUUGACUCCGUUCCAUUCAUUCAAUUCCUGCCGUUACAAUGAGCCUGUCCUAUAGCGCCUCCCACCAGCCUCCUCUGUACUAAUCAGUUCAACACAGAAUCUACAAAGAGAAAAAGAGUUUACAACUGUCACUUUUGGCCUUCAUCUGCCUUGCAGGCUCCAAUGCCCCAAGGCAGGUCUUUUCCAGUGCAGUUCCACUGGACUGGUGUUUCUGAUGGAAGGGAAGGGAGAUGUGCUUUACAUGAUGACUCAAUGGGACAGCAGCCUCCUGGGCUCCAGGAUACCAGCAGGACCCCUAUUCAGCAUUGAAUGCCCUGAGCAGUCUGUCCGCCAACUGCAUUUCCCACACUGUAUCUGUGAUUGUAAGUGAUGCACCACUGUAUGUGUGAUGGUAAGUGAUGUAAUCAAAUUAGAUUUAUUUGUCACAUGCGCCGAAUACAACAGGUGUGGACCUUACCGUGAAAUGCUUACUUACAAGCCCUUAACCAACAAUGCAGUUCAAGAAAUAGAGUUAAGAAAAUAUUUACUAAAUAAACUAAAGUAAAUACUUCAAAGUAGCACAAUAAAAUACAAUACCGAGGCUAUAUACAGGGGGGUACCGGUACCGAGUCAAUGUGCGGGGGUACAGGUUAGUCGAGGGUCAUUUGUAAUAAUAUAAUAAUAAUAUGCCAUUUAGCAGACGCUUUUAUCCAAAGCGACUUUACAGUCCUGCGUGCAUACAUUUUUGUUGGUUUAAUGUGUUGGUCCCGGGACGAACCCCUCCCCUUGGGCGUUACAAAAACCGCCGGGUGUUUCCUUACAUUUUUUGGUUCCCUUACAAGGAAAUUUGGGUAAAAGUUCCCCCCUAAUGAUUUUUAAAUUAACCCCAAGGGGGGUAGCGGGCCAGUUUAAAAAAAAGGGGGUGCCCAAGGAAAUAGGUUCCGGGGUUUGCAUUUUUGGGGGAUUUCAUUUGGGGGGGGCCCAGUCUAAUUCCCCUUUGGGGGAAAAAACUUUUUUUCCCCCACCUUCCUUGGGCCCCUGUUGGCCCCGGUUUUUGUUGGUGGGUACAGGGAACUUUCAAAUUUUGGGUUUUUCCCCCCCCUUCCCCAAUUUUUGGGCCCCCCUUUUUGGACCCCACCUGGGGCCUUUUUUAUGGGGGCCCCUUUUAUGGCGGGAAAGGGUUUUUUGGGCCCCAAUUAGGUUUGGGGUAUGCCUACCCUCGGGGUAACGUUACUUUCUGGGGGAGUUUUGCCUCCCCCGGGGGGGGGUUUUUGAGGUUAAACCCGUGGACCCUGUGUUUUUUUGCCCCCCUUAACCUGGGGAGGCCUUGAAAAUUUAGUCCCUCCUUUUGGGGGAAAAAGGGGGUUUUGUUUUCCUCACGCCUUGGGGGGUUUUUUGGGGGGCCAUAUGGUUUUUUGGGGAACCCCUAAAUUUAAAAAUUCUUCCCCCGCUUCCCACACAUUUCCGCCGGGUAAAGGGAAUGGGGGCUUGUUUGGGUUUUUUGGGUUUUGGGGGGGCCCUUAUCAAUUGAGGGCCUGGUUUCCAUGGUGUUAAUUUGAGUUUUUCCGGGCCUUUUGUUCGCACAAACUUAAUGAAGGGGUUUUUGGGGGGGAGUCUUUUGGUUGGCCCCUUUGGCUUCUGGGGGGGAACUUUUGGGGGGUCCGGGGAAAUUUGGAAUUUCCCCCCUUUGGGCCCCAAAGGGAGGUUCGCUUUUGGGCAAAAUUUUUGGGCCUCCCAAGGGGAAGGCCAGUCAGGAAGUCCAGGAUCCAGUUGCAGAGGGAGGAGUUUAGUCCCAGGGUCCUAAGCUUAGUGGAGUUUUGUGGGCACUAUGGUGUUGAACGCUGAGCUGUAGUCAAUGAACAGCAUUCUCACACAGGUGUUCCUUAUGUCCAGGUGGGAAAGGGCAGUGUGGAGUGCGAUUGAGAUUGCAUAAUUUGUGGAUCUGUUGGGGCGGUAUGCGAAUUGGAGUGGGUCUAGGGUUUCCGGGUGAUGGUGUUGAUGUGAGUCAUGACCAGCCUUUCAAAGCACUUAAUGGCUACCGACGUGAGUGCUAUGGGGCGGUAGUCAUUUAGGUAGGUUACCUUUGCUUUCUUGGGCAUAGGGACUAUGGUGGUCUGCUUGAAACUUAGGAAUUACAGACUCGGUCAGGGAGAGGUUGAAAAUGUCAGUGAAGACACUUGCCAGUUUGUCCGCGCAUGCUCUGAGUACAUGUCCUGGUAAUCCAUCUGGCCCCGCGGCCUUGUGAAUGUUGACCUGUUUAAAGGUCUUGCUCACAUCGAGAGCGUGAUCACACAGUCGUCCGGAACAGCUGGUGCUCUCAUGCAUGUGUUGCUUACCUCGAAGAAAGCAUCAAAUAAAUGUAGCUCGUCUGGUAGGCUUGCGUCACUGGGCAGCUUGUGGCUGAGUUUUCCUUUGUAGUCCAUAAUAGUUUGCAAGCCCUGCCACAUCCGACGAGCGUCAGAGCCGGUGUAGUAGGAUUCAAUCUUAGUUCUGUAUUGACGCUUUGUUCGUCUGAGGGCAUAGCGGGAUUUCUUAAAAGCGUCCGGAUUAGUGUCCCGCUCCUUGAAAGCAGCAGCUCUAGCCUUUAGCUCGGUACGGAUGUUCCCUGCAAUCCAUGGCUUCUGGUUGGGAUAUGUACGCACGGUCACUGUGGGGACGACGUCGUCGAUGCACUAAUUGAUGAGGCUGGUGACUGAGGUAGUAUACUCCUCAAUGCCAUUGGAUGAAUCCCGGAACAUAUUCCAGUCUGUGCUAGCAAAACAGUCCUGUAGCAUAGCAUCCGCGACAUCUGACCACUUCCGUAUUGCGCAAGUCACUGGUACUUCCUGCUUUAGUUUUUGCUUGUAAGCAGGAAUCAGGAGGAUAUAGCUUUGUAUGCAUCUCUGUGUGUGGAGUAAAGGUGGUGUAGAGUUUUUAAAAUAAUUUUUGUGGGUUGCACAUGUGACAUGCUGGUAGAAAUGAGAUACAACGGAUUUAUGUUUGCCUGCAUUAAAGUACCCGGCCACUAGGAUGAGCAUUUCCUUGUUUGCUUAUGUCCUUAUACAGCUCGUUGAGUGCGGUCUUAGUGCCAGCAUCGGUUUGUGGUGGUAAAAAGACGGCUACGAAGAAUAUAGAUAAACUCUUGUUAGAUAGUGUGGUCUACAGCUAAUCAUGAGGUACUCUACCUCAGGCGAGCAAUACCUCGAGACUUCUUUAAUAUUAGACAUCACACCAGCUGUUAUUGACCAGACGUAGCUGUUCUGUCCUUCCAAUGCACGGAAAACCCUGCCAGUGUCAUCGUUCAGCCACGACUUGGUGAAACAUAAGAUAUUACAGUUUUUAAUGUCCCGUUGGUAGGAUAGUCUCGAACGGAGAUCAUCCAGCUUAUUUUCCAGUGAUUGCACGUUGCCAAUAGAACGGAUGGUGAGGCGGGUUACCCACUGCCUACAAAUUCUCAGAAGGCACCCCGAUCUCCUCCCCCUGUAUUUCCUUAUUUUAUUGACGCGAUUGACGGGGAUUUGGGCAGUAUAUCCUUCGCGUCGGACGCAUUAAAGAAAAAAUCUUUGUCCAGUUAGAGGUGAGUAAUCGCUGUUCUGAUAUCCAGAAGCUCUUUUCGGUCAUAAGAGACGGUAGCAGCAACAUUAUGUACAAAAUAAGUAACAAACACUGCGAAAAAACAAACAAAAUAGCACAGAUGGUUAGUAGCCCGUAAAACGACUGCCAUCCCCUAUGGCGCCAUGUGUGAUGGUAAGUGAUGCAUCACUGUAUCUGUGAUGGUAAGUGAUGCAUCAAUGUAUGUGGGAAGGUAAGUGAUGCAUUAUUUCAGUAUAUUGAUUGUUUUAUACAUACACAAUAUAAAGAUUAUUCUAAUAAUAAAAUAAUAAAAUGGGUAAAGUGCCUUGCAAAGGUAAUCAUCCCCCUUGGCGUUUUUCCUAUUUUGUUGUAUUACAACCUGUCAUUUAAAUGGAUAUUUAUUUGGAUUUCAUGUAAUGGACAUACACAAAAUAGUCCAAAUUAGUGAAGUGGAAUGAAAAAAAGAACUUGUUUCAAAAAAUGCUAAAAAAUAAAUAAUGGAAAAGUGGUGUGUGCAUAUGUAUUCACCCCCUUUGCUAUGAAGCCUCUAAAUAAGAUCUGUUGCAACCAAUUACCUUCAGAAGUCACAUAAUUAGUUAAAUAAAGUCCACCUGUGUGCAAUCUAAGUGUCACAUGAUUUGUCACAUGAUCUCAGUAUAUAUACACCUGUUCUGAAAGGCCCCAGAGUCUGCAACACCACUAAGCAAGGGGCACCACCAAGCAAGCGGAACCAUGAAGACCAAGGAGCUCUCCAAACAGGUCAGGGACAAAGUUGUGGAGAAGUACAGAUCAGGGUUGGGUAAUAAAAAAAUAUCAGAAACUUUGAACAUCCCACGGAGCACCUUUAAAUCCAUUAUUAAAAAAUGGAAAGAAUAUGGCACCACAACAAACCUGGGAAGAGAGAGCCGCCCACCCAAACUCACGGACCAGGCAAGGAGGGCAUUAAUCAGAGAGGCAACAAAGACACCAAAGAUAACCCUGAAGGAGCUGCAAAGCUCCACAGCGGAGAUUGGAGUAUUUGUCCAUAGGACCACUUUAAGCCGUACACUCCACAGAGCUGGGCUUUACGGAGGAGUGGCCAGAAAAAAGCCAUUGCUUAAAGAAAAAAAUAAGCAAACACGUUUGGUGUUCGCCAAAAGGCAUGUGGGAGACUCCCCAAACAUACGGAAGAAGGUACUCUGGUCAGAUGAGACUAAAAUUGAGCUUUUUGGCCAUCAAGGAAAACGCUAUGUCUGGUGCAAACCCAACACCUCUCAUCCCCAGUGAAGCAUGGUGGUGGCAGCAUCAUGCUGUGGGGAUGUUUUCCAUUGAAGGAAUGAUGGAUGGCGCUAAAUACAUGGACAUUCUUGAGGGAAACCUGUUUCAGUCUUCCAGAGAUUUGAGACUGGGACGGAGGUUCACCUUCCAGCAGGACAAUGACCCUAAGCAUCCUGCUAAAGCAACAUUCGAGUGGUUUAAGGGGAAACAUUUAAAUGUCUUGGAAUGGCCUAGUCAAUGCCCAGACCUCAAUCCAAUUGAGAAUAUGUGGUAUGACUUAAAGAUUGCUGUACACCAGUGGAACCCAUCCAACUUGAAAUUGCUGCAAAAGGUGGCUCUACAAAGUAUUGACUUUGGGGGGGUGAAUAGAUAUGCAUGCUCAAGUUUUCUGUUUUGUUGUCUUAUUUCUUGUUUGUUUCACAAUAAAAAAUAUUGUGCAUCUUCAAAGUGUAGGCAUGUUGUGUAAAUCAAAUGAUACAAACCCCAAAAAACUCCAUUUUAAUUCCAGGUUGUAAGGCAACAAAAUAGGAAAAAUGCCAAGGGGGGUGAAUACUUUCGCAAGCCACUGUAUAACAUGACCCUACCAUUGAAUAAUACAUUCAAUAAUAAUACAUCAUUUGGAUGAGACUUAGUCAAUUAAAGCAUUGUUCUUGUUCUGCAGGGGAGAAUGACAUUUUGUCCGUGGCCCAUGUAACUGAUGGCAACAUGGAGAUUGUUCAGCCACUCAAGACAACUGCUACACACGUGAUUGUAAACAUCACACACCUCUCCCUCUUUGGCCUCAUCGGAAAUUGGUUCUCCUUCCUCCCGGUGCAAAGCCAGGUGCUGCUGUUCCUCCGACCACAAGGGAACAGAUCCCAGAAGCGCACACUGAAUGUUAUUUUGUUGCCCAAGAAUGUGCCACUUUGUGAGGUAAUAUUUACAGUAAGAAGGAAUUCAUUCUGCACACUGCAAGAGCUGUUUUGUAGAAUGAAAAUGAACCUAGAUAUUGCUAUAGCUGGAUAAAUGGUGGUAAAAUGGCUCAUUACCAUUACUUGAUUUCUCUCAGAACUGUUAGUGUGAAUGUACACUGCUCAAAAAAAUUAAGGGAACACUUAAACAACACAAUGUAACUCCAAGUCAAUCACACUUCUGUGAAAUCAAACUGUCCACUUAGGAAGCAACACUGAUUGACAAUAAAUUUCACAUGCUGUUGUGCAAAUGGAAUAGACAACAGGUGGAAAUUAUAGGCAAUUAGCAAGACACCCCCAAUAAAGGACUGGUUUUGCAGGUGGUGACCACAGACCACUUCUCAGUUCCUAUGCUUCCUGACUGAUGUUUUGGUCACUUUUGAAUUCUGGCGGUGCUUUCACUCUAGUGGUAGCAUGAGACAGAGUCUACAACCCACACAAGUGGCUCAGGUAGUGCAGCUCAUCCAGGAUGGCACAUCAAUGCGAGCUGUGGCAAGAAGGUUUGCUGUGUCUGUCAGCGUUGUGUCCAGAGCAUGGAGGCGCUACCAGGAGACAGGCCAGUACAUCAGGAGAUGUGGAGGAGGCCGUAGGAGGGCAACAACCCAGCAGCAGGACCGCUACCUCCGCCUUUGUGCAAGGAGGAGCAGGAGGAGCACUGCCAGAGCCCUGCAAAAUGACCUCCAGCAGGCCACAAAUGUGCAUGUGUCUGCUCAAACAGUCAGAAACAGACUCCAUGAGGGUGGUAUGAGGGCCCGACAUCCCCAGGUGGGGGUUGUGCUUACAGCCCAACACUGUGAAGGACGUUUGGCAUUUGCCAGAGAACACCAAGAUUGGCAAAUUCACCACUGGCGCCCUGUGCUCUUCACAGAUGAAAGCAGGUUCACACUGAGCACGUGACAGACGUGACAGAGUCUGGAGACGCCGUGGAGAACAUUCUGCUGCCUGCAACAUCCUCCAGCAUGACCGGUUUGGCGGUGGGUCAGUCAUGGUGUGGGGUGGCAUUUCUUUGGGGGGCCGCACAGCCCUCCAUGUGCUCGCCAGAGGUAGCCUGACUGCCAUUAGGUACCGAGAUGAGAUCCUCAGACCCCUUGUGAGACCAUAUGCUGGUGCGGUUGGCCCUGGGUUCCUCCUAAUGCAAGACAAUGCUAGACCUCAUGUGGCUGGAGUGUGUCAGCAGUUCCUGCAAGAGGAAGGCAUUGAUGCUAUGGACUGGCCCACCCGUUCCCCAGACCUGAAUCCAAUUGAGCACAUCUGGGACAUCAUGUCUCCCUCCAUCCACCAACGCCACGUUGCACCACAGACUGUCCAGGAGUUGGCGGAUGCUUUAGUCCAGGUCUGGGAGGAGAUCCCUCAGGAGACCAUCCGCCACCUCAUCAGGAGCAUGCCCAGGCGUUGUAGGGCGGUCAUACAGGCACGUGGAGGCCACACACACUACUGAGCCUCAUUUUGACUUGUUUUAAGGACAUUACAUCAAAGUUGGAUCAGCCUGUAGUGUGGUUUUCCACUUUAAUUUUGAGGGUGACUCCAAAUCCAGACCUCCAUGGAUUGAUAAAUUUGAUUUCCAUUGAUAAUUUUUGUGUGAUUUUGUUGUCAGCACAUUCAACUAUGUAAAGAAAAAAGUAUUUAAUAAGAUUAUUUCAUUCAUUCAGAUCUAGGAUGUGUUAUUUUAGUGUUCCCUUUAUUUUUAUGAGCAGUGUAUUUGAUCAGUUUGCUCUGAAGUAAUGCACCUAUAUUCUUCGAAGGUGGAACAUCAACAGAAGGGGAGUACUUUCAUUAAAUCCAGCUCCAACUGCACAUUGAGUCCUAGAGGAACAUAUGGUCUCUGCUGUGAGCUGGUGGCAAAUUCUAGGAUACAGCCAAAAGUAAGCAUGGCCAUCACACACAACCAUACAUUCCUAUAUGCACUAAGUGUACAAAACAUUAAGGACACUUGCUCUUUCCAUGAAAGACUGACCAGGUGCAUCUAGGUGAAAGCUAUGAAUCUUUAUUGAUGUCACUUGUUCAAUCCACUUCAAUCAGUGUAGAUGAAGGGGAGGAGACAGGUUAAAUAAUGAUUUUUAAGCCUUGAGACAAUUGAGAUAGAGGGUGAAUGGGCAAGACAAAAGAUUUAAGUGCCUUUUGAACGGGGUAUGGUAGUGGGUUUGUGUCAAGAACUGCAACACUGCUGGGUUUUUCACGCUCAACAGUUUACCGUGUGUAUCAAGAAUGGUCCACCACUCAAAGGACAUCCAGCCAAAUUGACACUACUGUGGGAAGUGGGGGUGUGACUCAAUAUUAGGAAGGUGUCCUUAAUGUUUUGUACACUCAGUGUAAGUAUUCCUUUGUAAUGUGCUAUUACUGGUUUGUGGUGUUGGGUUUGAUUAGUGGUUUUUAUGUGCAUAUACCUGACACCAUGAAGUUCCCACAGGAAUUUUUUUUUAAAAUGUGCUUUAUGGCCAGCUACAUUUAUUUCUAGCUCUCUGUUUCUGUCUAUAUUUGGCUAAUGUUCUUUUUCAUUUUGUUUUUCAGAGUGGGCAGUUUGACUAUGACUAUAGCCCAAACUUCCACCCCACAUUUCAGGUGUUUUUGGACUGCAUUUCAGGUGCAGAGAACAUCAGACUGAGUCUUUUAGACAGAGGAAGUAACGACCAAAGAGUGUGGGAGUGUCUGGUUCCAGCA